AUGGCGACAACCACGUACCAGAACCCCAUAGUGCCGGGAUUUGCCCCUGAUCCGUCUGUGCUGUUCGUGGAUGGCGUUUUCUACCUCUGCACCUCGUCCUUCCACAUCUUCCCGGGCCUACCCAUCUAUGCUUCUCGGGACCUCAAGGAAUGGACACAUAUUGGCAAUGCCUUCAAUAGGAUCGAGCAGAUGAGCCUGAAGGAUGCGACGACGAACAAGUCCACGCUGGAUACUGGCAAGAUUAUUGUCGCCUCGGGUGGCCUGUUCGCUCCCUCGAUCCGAUACCACAACAAAACAUUCUAUAUCAUCUGCACAAAUGCUGCUAUUACGGCCGCCAGUUUUAGGACAGACAACUUCAUUGUGACAUCUACCGAUCCUCUCAAGGGCGAAUGGAGCGACCCUAUCUAUAUCCCAUUUAUGGGCAUCGACCCUGACCUAUUUUUCGACGACGACGGAAAGGUCUACUUUCAGGGAGCCCACUACUUCCAGAAGACACAGCCCACCUCUGUUAUUCCGCAGUUUGAGCUAGAUAUCAAGACUGGCAAGCAUCUCUCCGAGACCAAGACCAUCUGGGGUGGACAUGCCAAGUACGAUACGGAAGCGCCACAUAUAUACAAGCGCGGCAAGACGUACUACCUCAUGGUGGCAGAAGGCGGCACUUUUGAGCACCAUAUGCUGUGCAUUGGACGCUCCGACAAUAUCUGGGGCCCCUACGAAGAUAACAAGCAGAACCCGAUCCUAACGGCUGACGGCACUGAGGAGUACAUCCAGAAUAGUGGGCACGGCGAUAUCUUCCAGGAUGGUGAUGACAACUGGUGGGCAGCUGGUCUUGCGGUGCGCAACGAGAAUGCCAAUAGCAAGGACACCUUCCUGGCUCCCCUGGGACGUGAGAGCUUUCUAUCGCCGGUUGAGUGGCCCGAGGGUGGAUGGCCCAAGGCGCAGCGAUUCAAGAUGGAAUUUUCCGCCACAUCGAUUAACCCUACCGGCGGUGCUCCGUUUACCGCACCUCCACGGGUUGAAGACUGCUACAUAAGGACUCCUGACCUGAGCAAGUACCAAAUUUCCGAGCAAGAUGGUGGGGAAAUCGGCCUGUUCCCGAGCACCACGAACCUCGAUGCACCUAACGGCACCAGCACCUUCAUUGGCCAGCGACAGCGGUCGCCGACUUCCGUUGCCACCGCAAAUCUCGAUAUUUCAAGCGUACAGAGCGGUGCCGAGGCAGGCCUGACCAUGUACAAAGACCAUCUGCGGCAUGUGUCGUUGGUCUACGCGGCGGACAGCGGCAGAGUGUCCUGCCGCUUGAGAUCUGUCGAGGAUCUGGAGACAGUGGGAGGGGAGCUUGCCGUUGAGGGAUCCAAGUCGGUCGAGCUGCGAAUCACAGCCCACCCUACGAAGUGGUCCCUAUCCGCUCGAGUCGGCGAGGGCAACUGGCACGAGUUUGGAGACGUGCCCUCUUUCCGAUUGUCGGUGCGCGAAAUGACUGGCCCGAUCUACGGAGUGUUUGCCCAUGCGGUAACAGCCCAUGCGGUAACAGCCCAGGCUGAUGCCAGCAGCGCUAUGAAGUUUGUUGAAUUCAAUUGCGGCAUCUUGGGCGACUCCCGGGACCGAAGCAAGCUGGCAGACGAGGCGUUCGCUCAGCCUAUCCCCGCUGAUUUGCUCGAGGAUCUGACCUUGAAAUACAAGCUGCAACCAGAAUUUGAAAGGAAAUUCCCUAACUUCCGCACGGCCGUGUCUGCUCGGGGGCCUAAGACGUGGGAACAGGCUUUUGGAAAAAGAGUUUUCGCUGAUGAGUUGCUCAUGGUGCGGGCAUAUGCCAACUUCUUGGGUAAGGUGGCCAAGGCUGGCAAGAAGGAGUAUCCGCUUCCCAUGUUUGCCAACAUUUGGCUGAACACCGAUAGUGAGUCUAUAUUCGAUGGCGAUGAUCUCCCAGCGGCUUUUGGCAAAUCUAUGAUGGUUGGAGGAGGCACAAAGCCUCGUGUAUUUCCUUCUGGAGGUCCCUGCCCUCACACUAUGGAUAUCUACCGAUUCUGUGCCACAGAUUUGGACAUGCUGACGCCGGCAGCAAGAACCAUGGUUGCAGAAUGUGCAGUGUAUGCGAUUGAGGAGCCGGAGGAGCUAUUUUGA